UUUUUUUCAAUGGGGGAAACAAAAUGGCAGCCGGCACAGAAUGUUUGGAAAAGCAUGUGAAACCUGUUCAGGAUCAUCGGGGAUAGAAGGAGAAGAAGGGGGAGGAGACAGUGAUGCGAUGUUUCAGUAAAACAGCAACGACGACAACAGAUAAUAAUAAUAAUUACAAAAACCCGUGAAAGCAAGCUACGAGUUUUGUUAUCUGAAUGGGUGUCGGAGGAGUUGGUGUCCGAAAAAGGGAACCUCCAAAACCACCAUGUCAGACUCGGUCCAGUCACAUGUGCACAUCACGCAGUUGUACGAGGAGAACACCAACAAGCGGCCCGUGCUGACCUCGCAGCCCAACGGCCUGGCUCCGCUCAGCUCCUCACGGCCGGGCCCGCCGCUGUCCGACCGGCCGUCCUCAGGCUCAGACCCCGCCCACCACUGCCGCCAGGGUAGCGCUGCCUCCAACAAGUCGGCGGACAGCAAGCCAAAGCCCACCCCCAUGUCCCCGGAGCAGGCCAUGAAGCAGUUCAUGUCCAAAAUGUCCACGUAUGAACAUCACGAGGUUUUCAGCUACCUUGAAGUAUAUUUUGUUGGUCCCAAUGCUAAGAAGAGGACAGGGGUGAUGGGCGGAGCCAACAACGGGGGCUAUGAUGACGAUCAAGGGUCGUACAUCCACGUCCCACAUGACCACAUCUUCUACCGCUUCGAGGCCCUAAAGGUCAUUGGCAAAGGAAGCUUUGGACAAGUCGUGAAGGCCUUCGACCACAAGACGCAGACCCACGUGGCCCUGAAGAUGGUGCGCAACGAGAAGCGCUUCCACCGGCAAGUGGCAGAGGAGAUCCGCAUCUUGGAGCACCUGAAGAAGCAGGACAAGGACUCGAGCAUGAACGUCAUCCACAUGCUGGAAAACUUCACCUUCCGGAACCACAUCUGCAUGACCUUCGAGCUUCUCAGCAUGAACCUGUACGAGCUCAUCAAGAAGAACAAGUACCAGGGCUUCAGCCUUCCACUGGUCAGGAAGUUUGCCCACUCCAUCCUGCAGUGCCUGGACUCGCUGCACAAGAGCCGCAUCAUUCACUGCGACCUCAAGCCCGAGAACAUUUUACUGAAGCAGCAGGGACGCAGCGGCAUCAAGGUCAUCGACUUUGGUUCUAGUUGUUAUGAACAUCAAAGAGUUUACACCUACAUCCAGUCCAGGUUCUAUCGAGCUCCAGAGGUCAUUCUAGGUUCCAGGUAUGGGAUGCCCAUCGACAUGUGGUCCCUGGGCUGCAUUCUGGCUGAGCUGCUGACUGGUUACCCGUUGUUACCAGGUGAGGAUGAAUCCGACCAGAUGGCCUGCAUCGUCGAACUGUUGGGCAUGCCCAGCCAGAAGCUCCUCGACUCCUCCAAACGAGCCAAGAACUUUGUGUCAUCCAAAGGCUACCCACGGUACUGCACUGUCACCACACUGCCUGAUGGCACCACUGUGCUGAACGGCGGACGGUCGCGGCGGGGGAAAGUACGCGGCCCGCCAGGCAGCAAAAACUUGAAUGCAGCCCUGAAAGGUUGCGAUGACCCACUGUUCCUGGACUUCCUCAAACAGUGUCUGGAGUGGGACCCGGCGAUCAGAAUGACGCCCAGUCAAGCUCUGCGCCAUGCAUGGCUAAGGAGGCGGCUUCCGAAGCCGCCAGCAGGAACCACCACAGGGGACAAGAGCUCGUCAUCCAAACGGGCCACAAGCAACUCCGAAGGUGCCAACACCUCCAUCCCCAAACUAGCUACCACCUCCUCAACCACCAUAUCAUCCACCUCCAAAACCAGGACUAACUUAGCCACAAUUACUGACGCCAAUGGAAACAUCCAGCCUAGAACAGUUCUGCCCAAACUGGUCAGCUGAGAUUGAAUGCACCCCACUCGCUGUGGUGAGCAACCAGACUGACCUGAAAACAGCUGGUUCAUCCAUUUCUGAGGAGUGCUUGUUUUUGUUCGCAGUGGUUUUUCACAGCGUUGUUGGGGUGCAUUCAAAACUAACACAAUCGUAGGAGCUUUGCACUGGGAUGCUAACGUGUGCAGAAAGGCAAGACUUGGACGUAAGUGGAGCAUGAGGAAACCUGAUUGAUCAACCGGGGUGCGUUGUCAGUCUCAACAAAUAUUUAACACACUACACUUCUCUGUAGCUCCAAACACAAAUACAACACACUCUCAUAAACAUGGUGCUGAAGGAGGGAACAAGGCUUUUUUGUUUUCUUUUAGCAGAAAAUCCAUUUAGUUGAACUUAAGCCUGGUCUCAACUCGCUAUGUAGCGUGUCCAGCUUGAGGGUAGCCUUUGCAUCGCGUUUGAGGGCUCCAAAGGUUCUCGUGGAGCUUGUAACUACACAAGUCUGAGAGAAACUGGACGAGUUUUGCCUUAACACGACCACAGAGGGAAAAAAAUGCAACUCUCAAAUACAGUGAGUGCUUACAGGGCGUCUUUUGAUACUUGGGUCAAAGAAGUAGGUCAAACUGCAGUUUUCUGAAAUGCGGAACGGAUUUCUGGACUGGAAAAUAAAAAUGUUUUCCUUAUUUUAUUCAGGUUUGAAGGACCGUUCUCGAGCGUAGAUGUAGGCAUCUGGACCUGCUUGAGUUUAGAUGUUUCACCUCUCAUCCAAAUGGGUCAGGGUUCUCAGGACCAAAGAGGCCACAUCUGGUGAGAGGUGAAGGGUCAAGUCCAGUUGCCUGGAUCUACACUCCGGAAGAUACAUUGACCUGGAUGACUGGGAACCUUCACAGACAGAUAGGAUUCACCUAGACAUGAAGAAACCCCUCAAACCUUUCAAUAAAAUAAGGUUACAGUUGAUAAUAACAGGGGAUAGUUAUCUUUCUGAAGCUAAAUGCAUGUUAUCCUCGGUUGACACUGUGGCGGCACGUCUGUUCUGACCACUCUGAGGGUUAAUCAGUGAUAAAACCUUCAGUUAAUCAUCUGCAAAGACUUGUUUGUGCUUGUGUGAGGCUUCGCCAGGGAAGAAAAGAGAAGAAGGCAGUGUUGCAACAUUAACGACGUAAAACACCAAAGAAGAUCCAUGAAGUAAACUGACAAAUAAUUCAAAAUACAGCCUUAAAAAAAGGGCAUUCAAAUUAGUACGGUAAAAAGCUCAUUUACAGUGUGAUUCAGUGGUUAGUGAAGGAGGCAGUGAUGCUAAAUGCUAACUGUUAUUUUAACAACAACAACAACUGGUGCCAUAUUGGAACCAGGUUUCAGUGCCCAGCCAUAUUUUUUUAAUACUGAGGCUACAAAACGAGUAGCAUGCUAAAGCUACUCUAGUGAGCUAAAGCUCACCCUAGUGUGCCUGGUUAACUUACGCACCUGAUCUACCUGUUAGCAGCUAACUCUCUUAGCUAGCCUUGUGCCUGUCAGAUUAGCUAACUAACUGUUUACCGACAGUGGUUGUCGUUAGGCAGCUACUGGUUUGUGUUUAGCCGUCACACUGUUAGCCUAGCAAACUUUGACUCGGUCAGCUAGCAACAGCUGGCUCAAUAUUUGCCUUCUUUUGGCAGUCUGGGUAGCUAGCCUUAGCCUCUUUUUAGCCAUAGCCUGUUAGCUCACCACUGCCCAGCCUUACAAAGCACAGACAGAAUGAUGAAAUCUUUUUUUUAACUCCUCAUAUUAAUAUGUUUGUGUUUUUAAAAAGUGUUGUGAAGGUUAGCAGAGUGAGUCAGGAGGUGAAGAAGGAGAAAGAGAAGGGAAACAGGUUAACCAGCAGCAUUUUCACUCAAUCAACGUCAUCUGACACAAAAUGGCUGCUGAAAAAGAAGAGGAAAGUCGACGAAAGGAGGUUUAAUGGAAGUAAAAAAAAUUAUAAAUCAAAGGGCUUUUAUAAUUUAAAAGGAAAUAAAAAAGUUUUAGAAACCAAAGUCUUUCAAAGAGCAUUUUAAAAGGAACAGCUAUUGUAAGUUUUCAUGUUUAAGCGAAUCAAAUUGCAGGCACAGAGAAGUCUCAUCAUAGCACAGUUGUAUUGUUUAGACGACUGUUAAGUUUUGGGAGUUUAAGAGUUCUUCAACUUUACUGUAACUUGAGCUCAGCUGCCUCAAAUUAUCACACACACACACACACACAGGCUCCGUGUGGAGAAACGUGAGUCCGGAGUCAUAUUUUAGGACCAAAGACUGUAGCACUGCAUUACUGCACUGUUGGUCUGAAGAGGUUUGCCGUUUAUAGAGACCUAACCUUCUGGUUCUGCUAGACGUUGAACCAAGAUUUUAAUUUCCACACUGGUCACACGCACACGAGUCCAUACCAAGUAAAGAACACGUACUCCGUUCUACGCUAUUUAAAAAAAAAAAAAAAAAAAUCUCACCGUUAAACUGUUUUUCAUACUCACACCAAACUCCAUUGAGAAAAUCAGUGAUUUUAACGUCACAGCACACAGUUGUUGAUCCACUGCUGCUUCCAUCAAUAAGUUCAAAUGUCUUAUUUUGUGACUUUGGCGUUUGAAAUCCAUCGUUGAGAUCGUUGAGACGUGACCACACGAGGCAGCAGUAGACCAGCAGCUUCUGUGUCCCCGCGAGCCAAAAUCACUGAUUUUCUCUAUGGGGUUUGGUGUGGGAGAGUGAGUGGUUUACAAACUUCACUUAGCGCUGAGAUAAAGACGUAAAACAUGUUCCUAAGAUAUCGUAGAUUUGAGCCAACGUGUGAAAUAUCAAAAUGACCAGUUAUAGGAACUCUGAUCAAUCAGUGUUGAUCAGUUUAGUAUUAAAGAUCAAUCCGUGUGAUUGGAGCGAGGAGGGUAGGGUUGUUUAAAAGAUGCUUCUUAUUUAUUGAGUACACUUUAAUUGAUAUUUAUUAAUCUAAAUAUUUACGAUCGUGUGCCGUUUAUAUCGUAUACUUGAAUGUGGGUAUGUGCGAUGUUUUUGAAAAGCUUGUUCCCUCACACGAACACAUAAAAAAACACGCUAACGUAUCUUAACGCACCCCGAUAAUCGGGCCACGCAGUGACGACGACGACGAGGAAGAUGAAGAAGAUCGCAGGGCGGUGACAAAGAUGCGACGCACAGAAGGAACUUCUAACGUACAACACAGACACUACCUGCUCCGCCCAUCUCAGGGGAAGCUCCGCCCCCUCUUGGAGGAGGCGAACGUGCGGGGGGGGCAGUCCUCUCUGAUGUUUGUGUUUGUUUUCUAAAGAUUUGAUUGGUUUGUUGAUUGUGUUUUUAAAGUUUUUCUUACGUUUUUUUGUUGUUUUUUUAAAGUGAGGAGUGCUGAGUCGUAACUUUGUGCCUUCAGUAUCUCGCCAUGCCACGCCCACCCAGAACACGCCCACACACACACAUUUAGUGUUGAUGUCAUAGCAACAAACACUAACUUUGGUGAAAGUCAUCCCGAUGGAAAGUUCCGCCAAACAGCAUCAUUAGCAUCAUCUUUAGCAUCUUAGAUCAUUUCAGAUAUUUCGGAAACUCCGACAACUAAUGUGAAAAGCUGUGGACUAGCGUUGAUGCCCUUUACGGUCAAAAUCGGACGAUUAUUGUGGGAGGAGUUAGCCACAGAAAAACAAUAGCAUGGGCGAUGAUUCAGCAAGUAUUUACAAGUUUUGUCUAGAAAGUCAGAAAUGGGAGUGGCUUCACCACCGCCUCCACUUUCCAGUUUAUAAGUCGGAAAAGCAAAGUAUCUCACACUAGCCAUUGUUCACGUUGAGUUACGGAGUUAGAAAUCCAAAUUAUGGAGAGUGUUUUGGUUGGAAAUUUCCGACUUCCAACUAACUGGAAUGCACCAAAAAAAAAUGUUCUGACUCAGUCAGCGUACAUAUAUUCGCUGACUCACUUAAACUUAAAAAAAGAAACAACUUGAAAAUUCCGAAUUCUGAUGACAAGUGGAAUGUGCCACGGUUUCCCAACAGUCAAAAACCCUUUAAAUAUUAAAUAUUAAACAACAAAAUUCUUCUGUUGUUACAGUACAUUUUCUUCUUGUUGCUCCAUCUACAAGUGAAUAACCAUUAUUUAGCUUUUAUUAGCUGUCACCACCAGAUGGCGCCAACACUUCUCAGGUUUCUGUUGAGUGAAUAUGAAUCAAGUGCCCGUUAUCAUAACUCCGGAUCCAAAUAUGCAAAAAAAAAAGUAUUGCGACUUAGAGGCGUGGGGCUGGCGUAUUUUUUCCACGUUAUUUGCAAGAGAAAAUACUUCACUUUUUUUUACUAUAUUAGAAUUUUAAUUUGAUUUUGUUAUAGAAUAUUUGUGUCAUAUUUGUUGUGGACGCACUAUUUUCAGACUCCGACGUUUGACUUUGUCUCAUUUCAUAUUUUUAUUUCACAAUUUUUACAAUUUCGUAGCCAAAUGUGGCAGAAAUGGAAUCUCAUGUUCGCGUUUACAGAAGCAGGAUAAAAAUGCACCAAUCACAGACUGUAGCUUCAAACUCUACUGACAUUGUGUGUGUGUGUGUGUGUUGGUGGGGUGAUGGUGGGUGUGGUCGUUGGGGGGGGGCUCGUAGAACAUGGCUGCACAAACGUAGACACAUAUCAGCCAAACUGUCGCCCCCCUCGCCUCUGGGUAAAAAACAUAGGUGGCGCCUGCUGACGACAGGGCUAAGCUAACACUAGCCGAUUGACAGCUAAGACGCUAGCUGCUGCACUGACUUUUUUUUUUUUUAAAUUUGUCCACGUGAAGCUAACACUAGCCUACUGAUAACUGGCUGCUAGUAGCAAAUUUUUACCUAAAUGCUACAUCCACGUCGAGCUCCUCACAGUUUGAGCUUGUGCGGGCUGUUAGAAUUAGCAUUAAUGUGGUUGGGUUUUUUCAUGUCAGUACCUCAGAUUAUUACAGAUUAUUAUACUGUUGUUGUUGUUGUGACGAACACCCAGGGCAUUUGGUUGAAUCCAAACCAAAGUGCAUUCCUUUUAACGAAAAACUAGCUAAUGCUAGCCACGCGAGGUCAUCAGCGAAGAAGCAGAACGAGAUGAGCGUGUUACGUUUUUGUUUGUUUCUUUUUUUAGAGAUAUUAACAGACAGGAACAUGAAUUGUGGUAUAACUGACCACUCAUGUAGCAUGUGUGGAAGCAGCUGUGCCCUAGCUAGCCCGCUACCUUGUUAGCCAUUUAGCCUCCGUCGGGAGAUCUCCUCAGCUGGAGGUCAGCCACUGUUAGCGUGAAAGCCACACUACAUUUUUUUUUUUGUUUUGUGAUGUUUAAACAGCUGCGUUAAAUCGUGGAUUUUAUCUGUAAAUAUGAAAAGUGUUUGAAUAAAGUUUUUGUGGGGUUGAAUGAGCUGCUGUGCCACGCUGAGGACAGUUUUACAAAGUACUGUACAGAACACAGACGUCAACACUUUUCUAGUGAGCCUUUGUUAAAUUUUCUUGUGGUGGAAAAAUUAUUAAUUAUUAUUAUGAAUAAAACAGUUUUAUUGUU